GCCCUCCCCCGACGGCGCCGCGCGCGGAGAACCGGCGACCCGCGGCCCGAGGGGGGGGCACGGCAAGGGGAGAGAGCGCGCGCUCCGGGGCAGCCGGGCCUGGGCGCGGCCAGGGCUGCCGACCGACCCGGAGCCGCCCUCCGAGUCGCACACUCGGGGCUCUCCUGGGCCCCGCGCCCUUCCCAGCCCACUGCCUCCCCCACCUGUGUAGGAGAGCACUCAGCGCCCCGAGUUAGCUAAUCCGAGUGCUAAGGCUUCCCGUCCCGUUUGACAUUCUAAAUUUUAGAUUUGCUGAGAAAGUCUAAAGUUUAGAAUCUAAAGCUUACUAGAGCACACGACUCUCAGAAAAGCAUGAUUUUAGGAAUUUGCUGAGUUUAGAAACGUGUUGAACCGCAUAAUUGUAUAUUUUACUUGUAAUAGUCACAGGUACUAAAUAUUUACGUGCGGAGAGAUCGGAUGGCCUAGAGUUAUGAUGGAAUGAACGAGUGUACUGGGAUGAAAACAAGAAUGGCAUGUUGCUUCCCUGUGGCACCCACUGUAUACUGACAGUUUAUUAUGGCAUCAAAACUUGAAAAGACUCAUGCUUUAUUACACUGUAGCACAGACUCUCUCAUUACUAGCCUUGGUCUGGGCAUCUUUUGUCUCGUAGCUGACAGACUUCUCCAGUUUUCCAUAAUUCAGCAACAUGACUGGCUUCGUGCCCUCUCCGAUAACCUAGUCCAUGGCGUCAUUGGCAUGUGGUCAUGGGCAGCAGUCACUGGAAUUACGAAGAAGACUGACUUUGGAGAAGUUCUUUUAGCUGGAUUUCUAGCCUCUGUUAUUGAUGGUGACCAUUUUUUUCAAGCUAGAUCUCUAUCUUUAAAGGCUGCUCUGACUCUUCCGAGAAGACCUUUCCUUCACUGUUCCACUGUGAUUCCCGUCACAGUUGUGAGUGUGAAGCUUGCUGUGCACAUAUUCAAGCUCAGGGACUCGUGGUGCUUUCUUCCGUGGAUGUUAUUUAUUUCCUGGACCUCACACCAUAUCCGAGAUGGAAUUCGGCAUGGCCUGUGGAUAUGGCCAUUUGGGAAAACGCCUCCUUUGCCCUUCUGGCUUUAUGUAUUAAGCACAUUAUCCUUACCACACCUGUGUUCAUUCCUUAUGUCCUUAACAGGGACCAGACAAAUGAUGUCUUCAAAACAUGGCAUGCAAAUUCAUGUCUGAGAUGACCCUGUAUAUGGCUCAGAUGGCAGUAAUGGAAGAUAGCCAGUAUUCAAGUGAAAUUCUAGAACACAGCCAGGAGUUUAUGUAGUUUUAUAACCCUUGUGCCCUCUUGCUCAGGAGGCACCCCCUCUAACAUGGGCACCUACUGCAGUGCUGGAGCUGCCCUUAUUUCAUGUGCUGUGUUAUAUUGUUGCUGCUUUAUCUUGCAGAUCUGCAAGUUCAAGGCCAGCCUGGUCUACAGAGCAAGUUCCAGGACAGCCAGGGCUACGCAGAGAGACCUGUUUCUGUUUAUCUGAUUUAUUACUGUUUAUCUAAUUACUAUUUUUGUCACAUUAAAAUCUUACGAAUUUUCUAGAAGUCUGUCUUCAAAACAAGCCCAUCUUCUGAUUGAAAAACUCAAAAUUCUGGAUGAGUAUAAGAAGUUCAUAUUAUAUUUGGAUUCACAUUUUCUUGAGACACUGAAACUGUGAAGAAAACAAAAUAAAUAAGGACAUGAUAAGAUA